AUGUUUAACAUUGGAUCGCUUGUUCUUUUCCUUGUUGCAUCUUUAGCUUGUUUGUCUUUUUCUACCGCAGAUAAUGUCACAUAUGACUCAAAUGCCUUAAUUAUUAAUGGCGAACGACGCAUUAUCUUCUCAGGUUCCAUCCAUUAUCCACGUAGUACCGAUGCAAUGUGGCCUGAUCUUAUUCAAAAAGCUAAAGAUGGUGGACUUGAUGCAAUAGAGACGUACAUUUUUUGGGAUCGUCACGAGCCCCAACGACGAAAAUAUGACUUCUCUGGAAAUCUAGAUUUUAUCAAGUUCUUUCAACUUAUUCAAGAUGCGGGACUUUAUGUCGUGAUGAGGAUUGGUCCUUACGUGUGUGCUGAGUGGAACUAUGGAGGUUUUCCAGUGUGGCUGCACAAUAUGCCGGGAAUCCAAUUACGAACCGACAAUCAAGUCUACAAGAAUGAAAUGCAAACAUUCACGACAAAGAUAGUGAAUAUGUGUAAAGCGGCUAACCUAUUUGCAUCGCAAGGAGGACCGAUAAUUAUAGCUCAAAUUGAGAAUGAGUAUGGAAACGUGAUGACACCGUAUGGAGAUGCAGGAAAAGCAUAUAUCAAUUGGUGCGCUCAAAUGGCUGAAUCUCUCAAUAUUGGUGUUCCAUGGAUAUACUUGUGGUACAUGACAAAUGUUGAAACCGAUCAAACUUCGUCUCUUUAUAAUAUAACUCUUCACGUGAAUACAAAGGGUCAUGUGCUUCAUGCCUUUGUGAAUAAAAGGUAUGUUGGGUCGGAAUGGGCGACCAACGGUCAGAGCUUUGUACUUGAGAAACCCAUCUCCUUAAAAUCUGGAACCAACACGAUAACCCUUUUGAGUGCCACCGUUGGACUAAAAAAUUACGAUGCAUUUUAUGACACGGUGCCAACGGGAAUUGAUGGAGGUCCUGUUUAUCUAAUUGGAAGUGGAAAUGCGACGACUGAUUUGUCGUCAAAUCUAUGGUCUUACAAGGUUGGAUUAAAUGGAGAAAUAAAGCAACUUUACAACCCGGCGUUCUCAUGGAGAGGAAAAUGGAGGACAUUUGAUGAAGGUUGUGUUGGAAGACGAAUGACAUGGUACAAAACGAGCUUUAAAACCCCACCAGGAGUUGACCCAGUAGUAUUGGAUCUGCAAGGAAUGGGAAAAGGUCAGGGUUGGGUAAACGGACAAAGCAUAGGUCGAUUUUGGCCUUCUUUCAUUGCUGGCAACGAUAGUUGUAGUGAAACUUGCGACUACAGAGGUGCAUAUAACCCUAGCAAAUGUCUUCAAAAUUGUGGGAGUCCUUCCCAACGAUGGUAUCACAUUCCAAGAUCGUUUCUAUCGGGUGACACAAAUAGCUUGAUUUUAUUUGAAGAAAUUGGGGGAAACCCUGAACAAGUCUCGGUUCAAACCGUGAGUAUUCAAACUAUAUGUGGAGAUGCUGAGGAAGGGAGCACCUUGGAGUUGUCUUGUGAAGGAGGGCAUAUUAUAUCCGAAAUACAAUUUGCUAGCUAUGGAAAUCCGGGAGGAAAGUGCGGGUCAUUUACGCAAGGCUUAUGGAAUGUUUCGAACACCAUUGUUUUAGUCGAAGCGGCUUGCAUUGGUAUGGAAAGUUGUUCCAUUCAUGUUUCUGCAAAGUCCUUUGGAAUUGGCGAUGCUACCAAUUUAUCUGCAAGAUUGGCGGUUCAAGCAUUAUGCUCAAACAACUGAAAAACCCUAAUCUAUAAUAUGCAAAAACUCUUAAUUACCCCUAAUACUCCCAUGUAUUCCAUGCUACAAUGCUAAAUCUCCACCCUCCAUCUUCCCACAACUUCUAUACGUCCAGCUUCAUGGACCCAUUAUUCAUAUCAAUAAAGUUACAACUUUACU